AUGCAUAAAAAAACCAAACUAACUCAAGACAGAGCUGUGCCUUUAAGCUAUAAUGGUGUAUUUUCUUCCAACCGAUCGUCAAAACAUGUAUUACAUUCUAAGUUGCGUCUUAUAUCGUUUAUGCUAAGCCAAACCACAAUUGGAGCAGCCCCGACACAGCAUUCUGUCCAGGUCUUUGACCCUCUUCCUCAUACCAGCUGGAGAGCUGGCACCGUAGGAAUCAUGCGAUGGCAGAUACCUAGCGAUCCAGAUUUGUUUUACAAUAUUCAUCUACUGAAAGGAGACACAUUCCCACCUAAACUGGUCUCUACACUCGUUCGUUGGAUUGAGGCCGAUUUUGGAUACGCGAUAGUCUAUCUGCCUGACAAUACUACAGCAGGGUCAGACUACUGGAUUGGCAUUGGACAAUACUAUAGCGAAAUGACAUAUAUUCAUCCCAUCACAGUAAAGGAGUACGAUUACCGACUUGAAUCAACAUCCGAAUACAAAGAUCUUAAUAAUGACCAAUAUCAUGUUAUGCUUGAUAAUAUUGAGAUAUGGGAAGUGUUAGCAGAGACUGAAUGA